AAAAAAAGGCAAAUUACUAUUUCAUUUCAAAAUGCAUGCUAUUAUUAUCAUUAAAUUUUUAUUAUUAUUUUAUACAUUAGACAAUAUAAUACUAACCCUAAUUUUAUUGCAUGCUUAACCUUAACACUAAUCAUUACAGGAUGUAAUUCAUCAACAUGCAAAAUUCACAUUGGAUAAUGUCGUCAGAUGUACCAACUUUUGUUUACAAUGACUCAACCAUCAAUAAAUUCAUGGAGCUCAUAGUCAAAAUAUCUCAAUCACAAAUAUAUGCAUUUGACACUCUUCUCCUUCUAGAAAUUAAAAGAAACGGGUUUGAAGCAGUCCAUCGACGAAUAAGAAACAAUCUAUUUGAGAAAACACUUCUUCUCGCCCCGUUUCAUGACAACAAUCAUUAUUGGAAUUUAGCAAUUAUUCAUGUAUAUAAUAAAGAAAUAAUACUACAUAAUUGCACGAACUACAUCAUCACUGACAUGAUAGAGAAAUUACGUCAAUUUAUCAUAUCAUGUGAACUCAAGCAAUAUGGUUUAAAUUCUCAUUGGCAAAUUUAUAAGGGUGAGACAACAAUAUUAGAUGAUAAUCAUAACUCUGGUCCAUGGAUUCUGGAGAUCGCUGAGAUAAUCUCUAGAAAUGAUAAUCCAAUGAUCAAUCUUUCUCUUAUGAAAGAUUAUACUAAAAAACAUAAACAAAUACUAGAAGAAAACAUUCUACACCUUUAUCAUGAUCCAGCACAAUUCUCCAAUCCACCACCUCUAAGACCACCAACGCCAACCGGUAUCAAAGUAAUACAAAUAGAUCACUCAAAGAAGAAAACACUAAAAAACAAACACAAUAAAUAUUUGAAGAAUCUAAGAAAGAAAACCAGAUAUAGAAAAUACUAUAAAUACAUUAAUAUGAAAAGAGAAUUACUAUAUAAACCUAUUAUAUUAAAAACACUAAAACCUAGGAAAACAUCUUAUUCAACAUCUCAAGAAAGAAAAAACGAGAUGAAAUCCAAUCAAUCAAAUCAAUGAAUGCUGUCCAGGAAAGUAGUACAAUAGUAAUUACCACAAAAAAGAAAAUCAAAUAAGAAGAAAACAAUCAAAUAGUAGGAAUAAUCACUUUAAUAUCAUUAUUUAAAUCUGUUAAAGUAAUAUUAAAUAUGCUUCACUUAUUAACACAAUUCAUUAUUGUUCAAUAAAAUUAAUUAUAUGAUGUUAUUUUAUAAUCAACAAAAAUUAAAGAAUAAAAUAUUGUACCACCAAAUUCUAUCCUAUUUGUCAUAAACAAGAAUAUAUAUAACGCAUUUAAGAUUGCAAUCUUUAAUUUAC